AACCCUCUCCAGUAGCGUUCUAGCCCCAGACGACUGAGGGAGUUGACUUCGCUCGUACUUAUCUCGUAGCCACGCCUUUGCUCGCCUGUCAGCCGUCUUAGGAUCGCGAAGGAACGCAGCCGCCUUGCCCGCAGCGCGUGCGUCGUCCCCCAGGUGCGAGGGGAAGAGAGAGAGAGCGAAGAGGGGAGCUUGACCCCCGCCGAUCCCUAUCGACCCCCCAUCGCCCCCCCUGCCCCCCGCGCUCCGGCAGCAUGGCGUCGUCGGCACCAAGGCAACGCGACGAGGGCCAACACGCGCCAGUACCGACCGAGAGCCAGAAGCAGCUGCACGAUGCUCGCCGGACAGACUCCCCGUCUCUCGUGACCGCUUCCUCGCCAGCGCCCACGACCACCACGCCCUCGAGAGCACCAGCAGGCAGCGACGACUGCACCCACCGUGUCAAACACCCAAAGGCGCCCACAGAGGCUAGCGACGACUGCAAGGCUCCUACCGUGGCCGAGACACGCGACGACCGCAGCGGGGAGGAUCGCCUGGACGACCACCACGAGCACGACCAGGAGGAAGAGCAGUGCCUGCUGGACAUGGACGCUUGCUUCAAGGCCUUCGACAAGGACGAGGAUGGAUUCCUCAGCCAGAACGAAUUCGCCGCCCUCUGCCGCGCCCUCUUCAGGAACGACCGGGGGAAGCCUUACCCCGUGGAGUCCUCGAUGCUGAACACCAUCUUCACCAUCUUCGAUACGAAUAAGGAUCACGUGAUUGACAAGGAGGAGUUCAGAUUCUGUUGGCAGAAAUGGAUCAAGGCGGUGGUGCGGCCCGUGUCGGCGCUGAUCGUGGUCGACGUCCAGAACGACUUCAUCUCCGGCUCGCUCGCCCUCAUCAACUGCCCCGCCGGACACCAUGGAGAGGAGGUCAUUCCUCCUAUCAACCGCCUCCUGAAUGAAGUGAAGUUCGACAUGGUGGUUUACUCCUUGGACUGGCACCCUGAGGACCACGUGUCUUUUAUUGACAACGUGAAGGAUAGACCGAUUCACCACACUAGUGAGAUAUCGAGCGAAGAGGCGCAGGUGAAUGACACUGUAAUCUUCGACGUGAACAACGAGGGGGUCCCGAUGGCGCAGAGGCUGUGGCCGAGGCACUGUGUCCAGAAGUCGUGGGGCGCUCAGCUGCACGACGAACUCAAGAUCGUCGACGACUCCGUGCUCGUGUACAAGGGCACGGAUCCCGAUACUGACUCCUACAGUGUCUUCUGGGACAACAACAAGAAGAGCCAGACGUCCCUCAACGAAGAACUGCAAAAGAGGAACAUUACCGAUGUUUACAUUUGCGGCAUCGCCUAUGACGUCUGCGUUUCCGCCACGACCGCGCACGCCAUAGAGGAGGGAUACCGCGCCCUCCUCAUCGACGACGGCUGCCGCGGGGUUUGCGACGCAGACAUCCAGGCCACGAAAGACAGAACCACGUCCAACAACGGCCUCGUCAUACAUUCGUCGCAGGUCAAAAGUUUGGUGAGUGGGAGAGACAGGCCUCCCGUCCUGGCUUACAAACUUGCCCUCGAAAUCGCCAAGAAAAUGAAGAAGAAAUAAUAGAACAAGAUCCUGGAGAACAACAAGAAAAUCGGGGAAAUAAAUAAUUGAAUUGCAUGAAAAAUAUCAAUAAAGGGAUGUAAUAUGCUUUAUAUGUAACAAUACGACAAGAUACAGAGUAUAUUUAAUUUAUGCCAUUCGUAAUUGUAAUGCAAAUGUGGAAUUCGAUCUAUCCAUCUUUUUUCUUAUUUUCUGUUUAAUGUUUUUUAUAUUUGCAUUUAUUUUUUGUGGGGGGGUAAACUAUUUUCAACCAAUGAAUUCAUCGUCUUAUUUGUCUUCCUAUCUCCGAGUUUAUCUAAUUAUCUGCCUGCUUCUCUAUCUUACGGGAAAAAAAGAAUAAAUAACUUUAGACUAAUAUCAAAAUAUAAUUGAUUCUACACUCUCGGUCUUUCAGUAAAAAUAUGUUCAUUUAUUUCGUUUGUAAAAUCUAUUAUUGUAUAAGAGCUACGUGACUAUUUACAUUUCGGUAGACCAUUCUUGUGAUCUCUCUCCAGCUACUGAAAAU